AUGUUGGCAAUUUGGGAAUUAGGUUUUGAUUUUUUUGUUUUAUUGAACUAUAUUGAGCUGAUUGUUUUACUGACGCAAUGGUAUUGGAUUGGUUUUGGUUAUGAUACAGGGACUGAGUUGCAUGCUAUUGGUGGCUACUUCACUGGUUGUCUUACUUCUUCUGGCUUGGUUGUGAAGAAUAAAGCUCUUAAAGAAUACUUUGGUGAUCGAAAACCCGAUAUUGGAAUCGGAACCUCCAGUUUGAAUCAUCAUCUUUUCUUUUCAUCUUGCAAGCGCAACCAAGCCUUUAUAAAUAUGUCCUUGAAGCAAUACAUGUUAGCUUCUGUCAAAUCGUACCGCGCAACCGUGGUUUUAGACUAA